AUGCAAAGCCGCGCUGCGAGACUCAUUAUCAGAGACGAUCCGCAGGCGGCGUCGAAGUACAUUGCCGACUAUGUGGUUGAACGUAUCAGAUCGUUCCAACCGACGCCGCAGAAGCCGUUCGUCCUUGGACUGCCAACUGGCAGCAGUCCAGAGCUUGUAUACAAAUACCUCGUGCAGCACUUUAAGAAUGGAAAUAUCUCCUUCAAGCAUGUCACCACGUUUAACAUGGACGAAUAUGUAGGCAUCCCACGGGAUCAUCCCGAGAGCUACCACAGCUUCAUGUACAAACACUUCUUCUCGCAUGUCGAUAUUGAUCCGGAGAAUGUCAAUAUCCUGAACGGCAACGCACCAGAUCUGGAAGCGGAGUGCAUUGCAUACGAAGAAAAAAUCAAGCAGGCGGGCGGCAUCGAGCUCUUCCUUGGCGGUAUCGGGCCUGAUGGUCACAUCGCCUUCAACGAGCCCGGCUCGUCUCUCAAGUCGAGAACUCGGGUAAAGACUCUAGCGUACGACACCAUCAUUGCCAACUCAAGGUUCUUUGGCAAUGAUCUCUCGCAAGUACCUCGCAUGGCACUGACCGUGGGCGUGCAGACCAUACUUGACGCUAGAGAAGUAGUGAUCAUUAUCACGGGACCUCACAAAGCGCUUUCAUUGCAGAAAUGCAUCGAAGGUGGGGUCAAUCAUAUGUGGACGCUGUCAAGCCUGCAGCUGCAUCAGAAUCCGAUGAUCGUCGUUGACGAGGACGCGACUCUGGAGUUGCAAGUCAAGACGGUCAAAUACUUCAAGAGCAUCGAGAGGGUCGCUACAGAACUGGGCUUCGAGCAGAUCCUCCCUUCCGAAGCCCAUACCAGCGCCAAGAGGAAGUCCAUUGUGGAAGAGCUUCACAGCCCGAAGUCGAAUGGACCAUCUCAGAAUCAGCUACUGGCACCUAAGCCAGAGAUUUCUCGCUCAGUCACGCCGGACCUGGUGCCGGACAGAAUGGCGUCGCGGAUAGAUGAGGGAGCCGUGAAAGGCUUGCAAGGACUGAUACUUGCAGAGCUGCCCUUACAACCCAUGGGCGCGAGAGUGGCGCAGCUGGCAGUCUAG